AGAAAUCGAAAGGAGAGCAUCUCUCUAAUCACAUCAUCUCUUUUCCUCCUCUAUCUUUCUCAACUCCAAAUCACCAAAACCAUAACAGAAUCUUAGGGUUUCCUUCUUCUUCGGCUUCUUCUCAGAAUCCAUGGAAGGUUCGAGCAACGGAGGGAUGGUGUACCACGAGGUGCAGGAGUCGAAGCUCUGCGCCGUGCAUUGCGUCAACACGGCGCUGCAAGGUCCCUUCUUCUCCGAAUUCGAUUUGGCCGCCCUCGCCUCCGAUCUCGACCGCAAGGAGCGCCAGAUGAUGCAGCUCACUGUCCAGGCCGGCGCUCCCUCCGCCGCUGCCGGCGAUUUCCUCUCCGAGGAGUCCCACAAUGUCUCCCUCGACGGCGAUUUCAGCAUCCAGGUACUAGAAAAAGCUUUAGAGGUUUGGGAUCUGCAGGUCAUCCCCCUUGAUUCUCCUGUUGCAGAGCCUGCUCAGAUCGAUCUAGAGCUGGAAAAUGGGUUCAUCUGCCAUCUACAUGAUCAUUGGUUCUGUAUCAGGAAAGUGAAUGGGGAGUGGUAUAAUUUUGACAGUCUGUAUGCAGCCCCACUUCACCUUUCUAAGUUUUACCUCUCGGCCUAUCUGGACACGCUAAGGGGCUCUGGUUGGAGCAUUUUCCUGGUGAGAGGAAACUUCCCAAAAGAAUGUCCCAUUUCAUCCUCAGAAGCUUCCAAUGGGUAUGGGCAGUGGCUUUCACCUGAAGAUGCCGACAGAAUAACUAAAUCAUGCAACUCCACAAAUGUUCCACGCCAGACUCAGAGAACAAAUCAGCCUCGACAACCUUCAGAAGAAUUCCUAUCCACCGAGGAAGCGGAGCUGCUAUCGGAGAUGGAAGACGAGAACAUGAAGGCUGCAAUAGCUGCCAGUCUUAUGGACUCUUCCCCUGCCGUGGCCAAUGUUGGAGCUAGCGUGGCCGAUUCUGGAGUUAGCAUGGCCAGUGCUGGAGCUAGCAACCCGCAGAAUGAAAGUUCAAACAGCCAAGAUGACAAGAUCAGCCAGGAGAAUAAGAUUGCUUGAGAAAAGUAAAGUACAUUUUUCCUUUUUAUUUUACUGGUUGAGAACAAUGAUCUAUGGAUAUGUUUGUCAGGUUAGAUAGUUGACUUGCAUCCUCGGCCGAGGUCGUUGUACUUUGCAGCGUAUACAUCUCCGUUACACUGUCAGCUCCAAAUUUAAACUCAAAUUGUAAAACUAGAACAAAUAAGCUUUCAGCUUUCAGCUUUCA